AUGGCCGAUGACCCCGAUGAGGGGCCGUCGGUGACCUUUGGAUCACGUUUUGGUCCACUGAGAACAGCAGAUCCAGAUCUUGGAUGGGAAAAAAUACCGGCCAGGAAGAGGAAGGUCAAGCGAACAGCACAUCGGGAACAAGAUUGUGAAGAUUGGUUUACCAAGCAGCCAAAACUGGAUAACAACGGACCACGUUUUCUUGUCUUGCAUCGUAACCACCCCAAAGACACUAUGAAGGAUGUUUCGCCGUUUUUUAUUAAAAAAGCCAUCGACAACAUAACUUCAAACGUGACUAUCAGCAGGAUGAGGGACGGGGAUUUACUCCUGAAAACCCAGAACAAACAACAAGCGGAUAAACUGGUUAAACAAACCAUGCUAGCUGGUUCCAUUCCCAUCAUUAUCAAGGAACAUGCUACAUUAAACCAGACCAAAGGCACUAUCAAUUGUUUCGACCUUAAAGCUUUGAAAGACGAAGUAAUCAUCGAAGAACUGAAGGACUCUGGAGUUAUUGCUGUAGAUCGAGUUAAGCGAAGGAACGCAGAUAAAAAACUAGUUGAUACUUCGAUUUUCAUCUUGACCUUUGCUUUAAGUACUCUGCCCAGAUCAAUUGAUGUCGGCUUCCACCGUUGUAAGGUUCAACUCUACAUUCCAGCACCCAUGCGUUGUACGACUUGUCUGAGAUUCAACCAUAAAAAAGCUAAGUGCCGAGACCAGCAAAUGUGUGCCACGUGCUCUCGCCCAGCACAUGGAAAUGAAUGUGUCCAGGAUGCUCUGUGUAUUAACUGUAAUGGUCAGCAUAACGCCCUUUCCCGCGAUUGUCCUGUGUACCAAGAUGAAUAUGAAAUUCAAAGGCUGUGUGCAACUGAAAAAAUUUCGUUCAGAGAAGCCCGACAGAAACGCCGAUCGCAAGUUCCCAAUCCAAUCACCCGUAAAUUAACAUCAUCAUUUGCGGCUGUCGUGAGAGCCCAAAUUAAUCAACAACAACCGGAAACCGAUGAACACCAGGCAAAGCAGAUAGAGAUGAUGAACAACACACCAACUCCAACUCCAACAUCAACACCAACAUCAACACCAAUACCAGUAGAAGAACCCACAUCCCCCACAACAAGCAAUGAAGAUCGAAUGAGUGAAGCAGCACCGGAUAACGCCACCAAAGCAGAUGAUCACGAUCGUACAUUAGGCGAUCACCAGGUACUCAAACUAACCGACGAAAGCGAAAAUAAAGAUUUUACUAACACCAAUGAAAUACAAAAAAUGAAUAGUGAGAUAGUAAUUGAGAACACUAACCAAGAACACAACUAUCGAACUCAGGAAUUCUCUCAGUUUUCACAAGCAAUAAGGGACUCACUGUUUGUCGAACAUAACCAAGAAUAA